AUGGCUAUGAACGCGAUGACUGGGGCUUCUGUGGCAUCUUUCGACGUGCCUUUUGUGCAAAUCACGGACGUACAGGCCUCGCGGCCUACCAAGGUAAGCAGCACCUACAGCGACCUCACGCCAGAGGCAUACCUAGGUCGUAUUGGCGGUGUCCCAACUACGGCCGCGCAUGAGAUAUGGGCAGCAGCGCACAGCCUGUCAAUGUAUCUAUCGAGUGCCCGAACGGAAGAGCAAAAGCGUGUCGAGCUUGGUCGGAACCUGGUUCGGCUGUGCAUGCGGCACCGGGAGACGCUCCUGAAACACACGGUGAACAGCUCCCUGGAGGCCUGCGUCGUAUGUCGCAACGUGUCGGUCCAGCAGGGCUCCAUCAACGGUAAGUUCUCCUGCUGCUGGUUCCACCCAAAGAAUGCGCAGCAGGCCCUGCUGACACGACUGGAGGUAAUCGGCGAUUAUCUCUACAAGUCCCCGGAGGACUUGAGUGACGAGGUGAUUCUGAAGCUGUUUGGCUCGAUGUAA